CGCUCUUGAGAUAACACAGUGUGCUUUAGACGAGACGUGUUGAUGUGCUACAACUCAGUUGUGUGUACACACGCUUGUUACACAGCCAAUGUUGACCAUUACACGGCCGUUGUGGAAGUGAUGUCGUGUUAGAGUGUUAGAGAAUUCAACAUUCGUUACACAUCGUUUGCUGUGUUUGUUUUGGUGUUGGUGUGUGUUACUCGGCCGAUAACCCAUCCUGGUUGGAGUGUUCACUUCUCGGAUACAACCGUUACAAAAAUUGAGCAAGAUCUAGAUCUAUUUUGCACUAAAGAAAUCGAGAACUAUGAAUUUUGCGAAUUUUUAUUAAAAUCAAAAUAUUUCAUAAUUUCAUGACAGUAAAAUGCCGCGUUAUAGUGCUACGAUGUCCAUAGCUGUGGAGUGUGUCCAGUUCCUGGUGAAGGUCUUGUUCUACUGGCUGCAGGGGAUCGUCCUGGCUUUUGUUCCAACCAGGUGGAUCGCUAAAGACAUUCACGGCAAAACAGUGCUCAUCACCGGCGCAGCGGGAGGGGUGGGCAGCUUGCUUGCUGACAACCUGGCCAAGAUGGGUUGCCGGGUUGUGCUGUGGGAUGUCAACCAAAAGUUGAACGACAAAGUGAUGGAGCAGAUUAGGUCUAAGUACGAUGUGCCAGUCUACGCCUACUGUGUCGAUCUGACGGAUAGGGAGGAGAUAUACAAGUCUGUGGAUAGGGUGUGCAGGGAGGUGGGUCAGGUGGAUAUCCUGAUUAACAACGCUGGCGUGGUGUUUGGGAAGCGUGUGGUGGAGGCAGACGACAGGCAGAUGGUUCAAACAAUGGAGGUCAACUGUUUCGCACAAUACUGGACGUGUAAAGCCGUCCUUCCUGGCAUGAUGCAGAGAAACUCAGGCCACAUUGUGACAGUGGCAAGCUCGGCUGGUCUCAUGGGAGUUUCAGGAAUGGCCGAUUACUGUGCCUCAAAGUUUGCCUCCAUUGGGUUUGUGGAGUCUCUGAGACUCGAACUCGGGACCUUGGGCAAACAUGGCGUCAGCACGACGCUUGUCUGCCCCUACCUCAUCAACACCGGCAUGUUUCAGGGCUGCAAGGCGAGGUUCCCCGCCCUGAUGGACGCCCUGGAACCGCAGUACGUGGCUGACAAGAUCACGUCCGCCAUCUUACGUGACCAGGAACUGGUGUGUUUGCCACGCCUCAUCUACGUCAUGGUCCUGGCUAAGGCAAUCUUGCCAGUCAAAUGUCAGUACCUGAUCUACGAGUUCUUUGGCGCCAACAGAAUGAUGGACUCUUUCCAGGGCAGUCACCGGAAGGCUAGCUAGGGCUACAUGCACCACACUGCUGCACGGAAAUUUCCGGUUAAAAUUUUUAUUGAGGACACCAGAAGGCUAGCUAGGGCUACAUGCACCACACUGCUGCACGGAAAUUUCCGGUUAAAAUUGUUAUAGAGGACACCAGACGGCUUGCUAGCGCUACAUUCAGGACACUGCUGCACGGAAAUUUCCGGUUAAAUUUUUUAUGGAGGACACAAGAAGAUUAUUAGCUAGGGCUACAUUCCCAACACUGCUGCACGGAAAUUUCCGGUUAAAAUUUUUAUGGAGGACACAAAAAGAUUAUAGCUAGGGCUACAUUCACCACAUUGCUGCACGGAAAUUUCCGGUUAAGGCCGCCAGAAGGUUAGCUAGGGCUACAUUCACCUUGGCCAUCUUGAGAGUACCGGGCCAUCUUGAGAGUACCGGGCCAUUCUGGGAUACGUGGCCACAAUUAUCAUGGCAUCUUCAUAAGCCGAGCUAUAGUUUACCUUUUAUCAAGUACCACCAUAUCUAUAGCUAGAGAACAAUUCAAAUGUAACAUCAGGUGAUAAAGGCAUUAUCUGGUUUAUGGCAUUGAUUCGUGUUUUAAUGGUAACAUUGUGUUCGUUUAGGUUUAUUUUUAAAUAAUACACAAACUAUUGCACACAUUUUUAGACAAUUUGCUAGUCAUAUAUUGUACGCAUUAUUUUUAUUAUAUGCCCCCCCCCCCAAUGAGCUUGGACUACCAACUCAAAACACUAUUUAUGAUUGUUGCUUUUCUAAUAAAAAUAAUUUACUAUGCAUUAAAUUAUGUAUGCAUUAAUUACUUUUUUAAUAUACACCAUUAUUUGAAAGCAUGAAAAUCCUCUACUAAGU